AGUAGAAUAAUAUGGAAGUGAGAUUUGAUUUCAUACUAAAAGGGAAUUUCCUUUUUCAAUUGGGAUGAGAUAAAACAUCAAAAUAGAUUAUCUUCUACUUUAUAUAAUAGAACAAAAUACAAGAGUAAAGGAAGGAAGCAAAAAAAAAAAAAAAAGCUAAAAUUAGAAUGAAUGGAUGGAUGUAAUAUGUGGUGAUUAUUAUCAAUAAUACUUACUAGUCGAUUUACUAUUAGAUAAAAAAAAAAGAAGUGAGCAAUCGUAAAAAAUGGAGGUAAAUUGGCGGGAGAAGGGACACGUCAUGUCAUGUCAUGUGAAGAAAGAAAAAGUAAAUAGGUAAUAAAAGAUGGUUGCUACUAUAAUGGAGAGGGUUGAAUGGACGGUUGAGAAUUGAGAUGAACGAUGAGAUCUAUGAGCACGGGGAGGCCAGGCCACUCUGUCUCCGACUUUUGACUUUAAACGUUCAAAGCACUCUCCAUAUUUCUCUCUUCUCUAUUUAAUAAUUCCCAUCUCUUGCCAAAGAAAGGCAGCAUUAUUAGUGAUUACAUUACUGGUACCAAUAAGUAAUAACCUCUUUUUUUUUCUUUAAGAGAAAAACCACAACACUUUCAAAAGAAAAUAUACAGCCAAAGAAAAUGUCGUGGCAAACUUAUGUGGAUGAGCAUCUGAUGUGCGACAUCGAUGGGCAAGGGCAGCAUCUGACCGCCGCUGCCAUCAUCGGCCACGACGGCAGCAUUUGGGCCCAGAGCUCUUCCUUCCCUCAGUUAAAGGCUCAGGAGAUUACUGAUAUCACUAAGGAUUUUGAGGAACCAGGCCAUCUUGCUCCUACAGGCUUACACCUUUCUGGCACCAAGUACAUGGUCAUCCAAGGAGAGCCUGGAGCUGUCAUCCGUGGAAAAAAGGGGUCUGGGGGUGUGACCAUAAAGAAAACUGGUCAAGCACUAAUUUUUGGGAUUUAUGAAGAACCAGUAACUCCAGGACAGUGCAACAUGGUUGUUGAGAGGUUGGGUGAUUACCUUGUUGAUCAGGGCCUCUAAGCUAUAAUGAAAUCUCUAUUAUUAUCAUCCUCAUCAUCAUCAUUAUUCAAGUUAUCUCUUUUUUCGUUAUAAUUUUUGGGAUUUUUUUCUUUUUUUCUUUCUGGUUUGGGUUUCUGAGUUUGCAUCUCUUUCAUUUGAAAAAGCUUUUCAAAUGGGUAUGAAGUUGUUGUAGACAAUAACCAUCCAAGAACACAUAAAACGCUUGUUUGGUCUGUAUUUUGUAUUUUUUAUUUUUUAAAUUGAAUUAUCUCAUUUAUAUGA